CCAAAUGGAGAGCCCAGAGCUAAAGGCGUCGUUUCUAAGCCGCUUGACAUGGCACUGGAUGGGAGCCAUGAUCUCCACAGGGAACAAGCGUCCCUUGGCGAUGAGCGAUUUGUAUGAGCUUAAUCAAGAGGAUAAGGCAGAAUCUUGCGAGCAAAGAUGGAACGAAUGCUACGAGAAAGAGGGGAGCAAAAGAGUGUUGCGAGUGAUCUUGAGGUUCCUGGGAGUGAAGUUCUUCCUCUUGUUUAUCUUGCGCCCUUUGUGGCUGGCAGCGCUCAUCUUGCAGGUUUAUGUUAUUAAGGAGCUCAUUCAUCGCUCCAGACUCAAGAGCUCCAGAACAUGGAGUGAUUUCCUCCUUGUUGCUGGACUGUUCUUCCUGGCACAAUCCCAGAGCUUAUGCAACAUCUGGAUGUUCUUCUAUGGCUGGAGAUAUGGCGUUCGCUUGCGUGCUGCUUUUUCCAUGGCUGCUUUCAACAAGAUGUUGAGCACAAGAACUCCUGAAUUUAGUGGAUCCUUGGAUAGCUUGCUGUUUAAUCUUGUCAACAGUGAUACCCAAAAGCUGAUUGAUUGCUUGUGUAUACUUCCUUAUGUGGUUUGCUUUCCAUUCCAUUUGCUUGUUGUGAGUUUUUUCUUAUGUCGAGAAGCAGGCAUUGCCACACUUGCUGGAGUAGCUUGGACGGUCGUGGUGGGGAUAUUAAUGUUCUAUGUGGCUAAGUAUAUGGGGCACUUGGCAAGAAGAAAGCAUUCUCACACUGAUGCUCGGGUGGGAAUCCUUUGUGAAACUUUGGCUGGCAUUAGAAUUAUCAAGUUCAAUGGUUGGAUUCCUUUGUUUAUGAAAAAAAUCAAUAAUGCUCGUGCUAGUGAAAUGAAGUGGAUUUCCAAGUUGGCUAUGAUCAGUACAAUCAUGUAUAUUUUGAAGGAUUCAAUUGUUCCAUUUGCAUGCUUAUUUGCUUUUGGUGCUUAUAUCUAUCAUCAUAAAAUGCUUGACGUGACAAUAGCUUUUGUUGUCCUAUCUUUCUUCAGUAUUCUUGCAAGGGAUAGCGUAUGUUUCAUUUAUGGUUUGCCACAAAUUUCUAAUGCACUAGUAGCUGUGGAGAGACUACAGAAGGUGUUGGACUUGCCAAAUAGUUUGCAAACAUCCAAGUCAAAGAAAACCUCAAACAUUUUUGCUAUUGAGCUUUUGGACUGUAAUUUUGCUAGAAACAUUUCCAAAGGUAUUAAUCCCAAGCCCAUACACAUGCAAAUACAGAAGGGUAUUCUUGCUGGCUUGAUUGGUAAGGUGGGAAGUGGUAAGAGUUCCUUGCUAUAUGGAAUUUUAGAAGAACUAAAGCUAACUCAAGGUUCAUUAUUUGUGGAAGGAAAUAUAGCUUAUUCCCCACAACAGCCUUGGAUAUUAAAUGAUACAAUGCGAAAUAAUAUUGUCUUUGGCAGCAUAUUUGAUAAUAAACGCUAUGAUAAUGUAGUGGCUGCUUGUGCGCUUAAUCAUGAUAUUUCAAUGCUACCUAAUGGGAGUGACACUGAAAUUGGGGAAAGAGGGGUAAAUUUAAGUGGCGGACAAAAGGCUAGAGUAUCUCUUGCUCGUGCAUGCUAUAGUACUGCUCCUAUUAUUCUUUUGGAUGAUCCUUUAUCUGCUGUUGAUGCUUCAACAGCUAAAUACAUAGUUGAUUAUGUACUAAAUGGCAUUUUAAAGGGAAGAACAGUAAUUAUGGCAACACAUUCUAUUAUAAGCUUACAAGCUUGUGAUGAAAUUUAUUUAUUAGAUACCAACAAUGGUAUUAAGCGCAUCUUAUCAAGUUCUAAAGAUAUAAAAAAUGAGAUGGAGUUGGUAUCGGCUAAAACAGAAUCAAAUGCUAGUCAAUAUAGUAAGUUGGACAAUUCAAAAGGAGACGUAGUGAAACAAGAGACGAUGGAGAGUGGAAAUAUUAAGCUCUCUCAUUAUUUAGAAUAUCUACACAUAGCUGGUUGGUCAACUUUUUUAAUAAUUCCCAUCUUUAUUUUGGGGCAAGGAGCACUUUUGAUGGUAGAAUAUUGGAUUCGAGUUUGGACAGAUAACAAGUAUAAUUUAGAAAAAGACACUUAUUUAAUACUCUUUACAUGCCUUGGUAUAUUUGCUAUCAUAAUUUCUAUUUUGAAGUGUAUUGUUUUCAACCAAGCAUAUUUAACUUCUUCAAAUAAUAUGCAUAAGUUAAUGGUUGAAAAAGUGUUCCGUUCACCUCUUCUAUUUUUUGACCAAAAUCCAAUUGGAAGACUUCUAAAUCGCUGUAGUAAGGAUCAAGCUAUAGCAGAUGAAACUUUACCAUCACAAAUCAAGCGAGCACUCGAAGGCAUUUAUGCUUCUAUUGGUGGACUAGUACUAAUUGGAAUUCUAAUACCAUGGUUUUUGCUUACAAUUCCACUUGCGUUGGCUAUACUUAUUUAUGUCAGACAACAAUAUAUUUCUACAGGCAGUGCACUUAAAAGGUUGGAUGCUAUUUCUCAGUCACCAAUAUUUACACAUUUUACAGAAACACUACAGGGAGCGGUUUCUAUCAGAGCAUAUAAUAAUCAAAAACGGUUUCAUGACCGGCUUGUUAAAUUGGUGGACAACAAUCAUAAAGCUUAUAUUUUAUAUGUUCAUGCAUCAAGAUGGCUCUCCACAAGAUUGGACUUUAUAACUUCAAUAUCUAUCACAGUUGCAGCAUUUCUUAUUGUGUUUUUAAGGAAUUAUAUUUCUUCUGGGCUCACAGGUGUUAUACUUGUACAAACCUUAAAGCUUACUGAUGUCCUCCAGAUUGCAAUCAAAUGGACAGUUGAAGCAGAAAGCUUGUUUGUAAGUGUGGAGAGAAUUCUAGAAUAUUGUCAUUUAUCUACAGAGGCCACAAAUAAAUCUGAGCCAAGGAUUCUUUCAAGCAAUUGGCCUGCUGCGGGGUCUAUUGAAUUUAUCAACUAUACAUUAGCAUACAGGGAAGAUCUUCCAGCAGUUUUGAAUAACAUAUCAUUUAAGAUCUUCCCAUUAGAAAAAAUAGGAAUUGUGGGAAGAACUGGUGCCGGAAAGUCAAGCUUGGCUGCAGCUAUGUUCAGAAUGGUUGAGAACAUGGCUUGUAGUGGAACAAUACUUGUGGAUGAUAUUGACAUCAAGACCAUUGGACUGGAUGAUUUGAGACAAAGAUUGUCAAUAAUCCCACAGGAUCCUGUUCUUUUUUCUGGCACAUUAAGAUUUAACAUGGAUCCAUUUGGAAAGAACGAUGAUAGAGAAAUUCAUGAAGCACUGACAAGAGCGCAUUUCUCCAGCACACAGUCGUAUAAGAACUUUGACAACGGCUUAGAUGGUCAGAUUACAAGUUCUGGAACAAACUUUAGCGUUGGAGAAAGGCAGCUUCUUUGCCUUGCAAGAAGUUUGCUAAGAAAGUCCAAAAUCCUUAUUAUGGACGAAGCAACUGCAGCAGUAGACAAUGACACAGACCAAAUCAUUCAAGCAACUAUUCGAGCCUCUUUCCAGGAUUGCACCGUUCUAACAGUUGCCCAUCGCAUCCAAACAAUUAUUGACAAUGAUCGUGUCUUAGUGAUGGAAGCUGGACGCAUUGCAGAGUUUGAUACCCCCAAGAACCUCCUCAAAUUAACAGAUGGACUUUUCUUCAACAUGGUCGCUCAUAAUAAAGCAAGGUUAAUAUGAGAUCUAUUUCUUUUAAAAUGUCUUAU